GAUAGACCCUUAGCCUGACCUGCGCACCACUAAAAAAUGGCCGCUUUGCAGCAAGUGCACUUUUUUUUGUAUUAUUAAUCCGACCGAAUCGCGCACGAAAGGCCCUAAAUUGGAGCUCGUCUUAAUCCGAAAGCCAUCAGAGGGCAGAGGCAUCAUGGAGCAGGUGACGGACAGCGAACUGCGAAUGCCGCAGCCAAUCAAAACAGAAGAACCUCCUCCAGAGGUGGAAAAAACUGAGACCCUAGAACCCAAAACAACGGCGUUGGAAGCACUUGAAAAAUGUGCGGGUCCCGCUGAUUUGGAGGACGAGCUGGCCAAUCUCAAUGGCUCGGAUGAGGGCGCCGGCCUUGACGAACUAAGCUCGUUGGAACAGGAGAUAGCCAAGCUACACCACAUUCGACCACCGGAUGCGGCGUCUGAAGCUGCAGAUUCCGUCCCUCCGAGUGGCGGAGCGGAUAAUGGUGGCUUGGAGACCCGGCUGGCAGGUGAAGACUUGACCAGUGGCUCCCCACUCGUGGAAGAUGGCAAUGAUUCGACGGGCAAUGGUCAGGUCAGUGAGUCGCCCCUGGAGGAGGUGGACCUGAUUGCCCUGCUCAAGGGCACGGACACCAGUCAUGAGCAAACCUCCGGCGACGAGAAGUCCGCCUUGGAAAAGGCUCUCUCCGAGUUGGACGGUGUGGAAGGGGACGUGGACGUGGGUGUCACGAUCGAAGGCGAAGGCCAGUUCGAGAUUAUGGAGAUCGACGACGACGAGGGGGACUCAUCCGCCCGCAAGCCCAGUCCCAAGGUGCCAGUGCACAAGCCCAGCAAACCUUCACCAUCCACCACCUCUAAGACCACUAUUCCCAAGCAAAGACUGUCCCCGGAGCAGGCAAGAGCAGUGGCUCUGGAGCAGAUGGCCGGUCUGAAGAACAAGUCGCGUCGAAAGGAACCGCCGCCUGUGCUGAAACCGGUGGAUAUUGUCAGCUCACUAAAUGACGAUUGGGAUGACUAUGACUCCGAGGAGGAGAAGAAGGAAGUGAUAACACUGCUUCCAGCACAGGUGGUGUCCAAAAAGCCGCCUUUGCCACUAAAGAAGGUUCCAUCUCCUAGCAAAUCCAGCCUGAACUCACCGAUUUUGCUCUCCAACAAGAUCAGCGGGGUUAAAGUAAUGUUGAAGACGGUUAGCCAAAAGCAACUGGCGGCCUCAACCAGUCCACCUGUGGAGAAACCCAAGCCAGCAGGCAUCGUGUCACCUGCCAAGGAAACCGAAGAGCCUACCACUGGCUUCAAGCGCAUGCGUGUAAUAAGAAAGAAGAUCAUCUGGGAUCCGGAUGUGCCCGAGACGAAAACGUCCUUUGCGCAGUAUGCCAGCACGAAGGCAGCGGUCAAGGCGUCUUCCCCGGCACCUCCUGCACCGAAAGCGACGGUCAAGAGCAUCUCUCCGAACACAACGAUGAAGAAGGAGGUGGCACCCAAGAAGCGGGCAGCAACGCCCACCGCGCGGGCCACUAAAGCUGGAACACCAGUUGGAGCAGCAGAGAGAGGUCCCUCACCGGUCAAGCGUCGCUCGCAAACCCCCAACACUGGCCUGGCCAACGGCGGAACCCAGAAAAAGAAGAAGGUUUCUGAGAUCGAUCGCCUGAUGGGCGACGAGGGAGCGGCCAACAUGAUCCAUGCGGUGGAGCAUGAGCAGCGGGAGAUGAGUGGAGGGGAGAUGUCCAAUAAGCCGCUGAUGCGCAAGCGAUCCAUGACCAUAACCGGAAGGAACCAGACGCAACGAGCUGCAGUGGAGCCAUCGCCGGCCAAAAAGGAUUCAGCACAUCCCUCCGCCAAGAGAGCGCCUGGUGCAGCCGACUCCGUUUUCACCAAGUCAACUGCGACCUCCUCCGCCAGCAAGCCCCGCGCCUCCGACUCCUGGGAUUAUGUGUACAAGCAGCGCGCCAGCGAGGAGUCCAUGAUCAUGCGACGGCGCUCCAAUAGCUCCUACUCCAGCAAUGCCUCCGUUAGCCGCAACUCGCUGGACAACAAGCCCGGGGCAGCUAAUCUAUCGGAUGAUGCUGCCGAGGGCUCUGAUCCUUCCUUCAAGUUCCUCAAGCCCGUAAACAAGACGAAUCAAAGGGGCGGCGAGGCGUCCGCUGCCGUCGCCUCACACACGCUGGCCAACGAUAUGAAGGCCAACAGCGAAAAGCAACUGGUGGUCUUGCAUAAGGUGGACAAGGUGGCCCACCUGGUGAUACAUACGCACCGCGGCAAAUCCGGCCACACGUACAGUAGCCAGCUGCUGGAGCAGCUGAGCGACACGCUGGCUAGUGUGGCCCGCAAGAGCGAGUACAACACAGUGCUGGUAACCGUGGAGGGUCAGCAGUUCUGCCAGGGCAUUGACUGCCAGGAAUUGGUGCAGGGAUCGCUGGAGAAGCGGAGGAACAACGUCAGUCAGCUGUCCUUGGCUCUGAAAACCUAUCUACGCACUUUGGCCACAUUUCCGAAACCCUUGGUGGCGGGCAUUAUUGGCAACCUGAUCAAUCUGGGCGUUAUGCAGCUGCCCUUUGCUGACUACGUGGUAGCCGCCGAUGACUGUUGCUUUGAGACUAAUUACGCCAAACUGGGCCAGCUACCCGAGGGCUAUGCUCUGUGGCAUGGCCACGAAAAGGUGUCCAGUGAAGUGCAUUUACGUUUGUUUCUGCUGGGUGAAAGACUGUUUGCACCGGAACUUUUGGGGCCACAAAGUUUCGUUAACAAGAUCUGCAAGGCCCGCAGCGUGAAUGAUGAGGCUCUGGCCAUAGCCAAACAAAUAUCCACCAACUCAGCGGAGAUGUAUCGCGCGCUGAAAAAACUCAAUCACUCAGCAAAAAAUGCAGCCAACUUCCCGCGUCUGGAUGAGGAACUAAAGGUUAUAGCCGAGCAAUGGUUGACGGUGAAUUGCUUGGCUAAUUUCAAACGCUACCUUAAUGACGUUGAUUUCUAAAGCUUAAGCUAAAAAUGAUUGUAUACCAUAUGCAAUGGUAGAGAAAUUCAUAUACACACACAAUUUUAAAAUUUAAAUCAUACAUUUAGUUGAGUCCAUUUAGAAGUUUUAUUCUGGACCCUUAGACUAUCGCCCUAAGAAUUUUUUUACAUUAAUCCCCAAAACACAUGUGUAAUAUUUUGUAUCCUAUUGUAAACUAGUAUCGCAAUGUAAAUUGUAUUAAAAUUUAAACCAGCGGUAUCUUUAGAUUCUGUUAUAUCAUAAUUCGAAAUAAAACACGUUUGAUUAGUUUUAAACGUGCUUUACAUAAAAAUUAAAGAGAAGGUUAUGACUGUUGUAAAAGUUUAUGAAUCCUGAAUAAAUUCCUAUGAAAAAUGACCCAUAGA